UUUAUUGUAAAUACACUUAUUUUUAUUGAUCUAAAGUAAUAUGCAAUACAAUGAGGUACCGGAGGAAAUAUAUCGUUUUGUUCACGUUAGUGGUUAUGAACCUAAUCGAUCAGCCGGCACCAGAAGUUAAGAUCGCGCAAGGGACUUUGAGCGGUAAGAUGAGUGCAGAUGGAACUGUUUUUGAGUACAUCGGAAUACCGUACGCGUCGACCAACAGUAGCACGAGGUUUCAGGCCCCUGGUCCACCACCAUCGUGGGAAGGUGUAUAUAAUGCUGUAGACGAAAUUUAUGUCUGCGCACAAAACUCUUUUAUAGGCGUUAUCGGCUCUGAAGAUUGUUUGAAAAUAAAUGUUUACGUACCAGCAAUGCCAAAAACAAAACCUCUGGCCGUCAUGGUUUAUAUUCAUGGCGGUGCAUUUUAUCUAGGAAGUGGGAGUAAGACUCUCCACGGACCGGGUUUCCUCACAAAAAAAGAUGUUAUUUUAGUCACAUUCAAUUAUAGACUUGGUGCCCUUGGCUUUAUUUGUCUUAAUAUAAAAGAAGCACCAGGAAACGCUGGAUUGAAAGAUCAAAUAGCAGCAUUGAAAUGGGUUCAGAAAAAUAUUGCUGCAUUUGGAGGCGAUCCUGAUAACGUAACAGUGUUUGGUGAAAGUGCCGGAGCUACCUCAGUUUCACUGCUAUUAGCUAGUGAGGCUUCUACUGGAUUAUUCAAAAGAGCAAUCGUUCAAAGUGGAUCAUCAUUAUCUAAUUGGGUGAUAAAUAGAAAUCCCGUUUGGAUUGCUAGUCUCCUAGUCAAAUCUCUUGGACAUACUACAGAAGAUCCCAAUGAAAUAUACAAAAUAUUGUCUAAAUUGAGCUACAAAGAGCUCACUGUGAUUACUACAAAAAAACCAAUAGGCUUAUUUUUUGAUACUCAAAUUCUACACCUACCGUGUAUUGAAACGAAUAUCCCGGGAACAGAGCCUGUAUUAACAGAUUUACCAUACAACAUUUUCAAAAGUAGGCCCAACGAUAUAGAAGUACUAUAUGGAACUACAAGCAAGGAAGGUUACUUUUUAGUGGCUUUGGAAACAGAAGAAUCUGUUAAAGAAAGGAACGGGCGUUAUUUAUUCGCUUCUGAUCUUACUUUUUCAUCUGAAUUUGAAGCAAUGAAUGAAGCUGAAAAAGUAAAAGAAUUUUACUUCGGUAAAGAUGAAAUUAGUUUACAGAAACACCUAAAUAUAACAGAUCUAUACACACAAUUGUAUUUUGAAAUUCCAGUUAUUUUCGAAACUGAAUUUUUAGUAAAUAGAAUCAAAUCAGGUGUGUAUAACUACAUUUUUAAUUAUUCUGGAGCAAGAAAUUUUAUGAAAACAAGGAGUGGUUAUUCAGACCAUGAAGGAGCUUGCCACGCAGAUGAUAUAUUUUACUUAUUCGACGGAUACCUAAUGCCCUUCAGAAUAAAUAAUGAUGAUUCUAGAAUUAUAGAAUAUAUGACGAGCAUGUGGACCAAUUUCGCAAAAUAUGGUAAUCCUACUCCGGAUUCAAGUGAUCUGCCAGUAAAAUGGACACCGAGUACUAAAGAUAAUUUAAAUUUCCUAUACAUUGAUAGUGAGCUGAAAAUGGGGUCGAUGCCUAACCCUGAAUCUUAUCGUUUAUGGAAGGAAAUUUACAAAAACUAUUACAAGACUGAUUUAGCAUAAUAUUUUAUAGAAAAAAGAUCUGUAUUUAUUAUUAAUACUAUUGAUUAUUAACGACGAAACCACCUAACAGAAGUGAGAACUAUUUAAAUAUGAUCUAAACAA